AUGGGAGCUCUCACUAAACUCUACCUUCUUUUCCAACAAAGACAGCUCGCGAAAAACAGGUACAAGGAUAAUAUAGAUGAGAAGAGCUCCAAAUUUGCAUACAGAAGAUCAAUUAGAAAGUUAAUUAUGGGGUUAUCAGAUGGAAAAGAGACACUUGAAUGUGCAAUUUGCAUAUCAGAAUUCAAGUAUGGAGAUAAGGGUAGAAAGCUGAAAAGUUGCAGUCAUAUGUUCCAUGAAAACUGCUUGGAGAAAUGGCUAAUGCAUGGGAAGGGGCAAUCGACUUGUCCACUUUGUCGACAUAUUAUAAUAUCGGAAAAUAUAUUUGAGAAACAAAUAAAAGUUGAAGAUGAAGGACAAAGGAAAAAUAGCUUUGAGGAAGAGUUAGCUAUGCUUUUGCUAUCUUGGUUGAAUUGUAGUAGUUGUUGGCAACGGUGUUAA